GAAGGAGAAGAAGGAUUCCCUCUGGCGCGGCAGAUUGUGGAGAGUCUGCCUGAAACUUCCCUUCGCUGGUAACCUACCAGGUUCAUUGUUUUACUGCUUUCCUUGGAGGCGUCAACUGUUUUUGGUGACAGAACUGAGUAACGUUACUUUUUGAUAGGUAGUGCUGUAAGAGAGUGCAGAGUUUUAAAUCCACACGUUUGUAAAGGAUUUCGACAAAAUAUUGGUCGCCAUAACUACUUAACACUGCGUGAAGCCAACAGAUCAGAAAAUAGGUUUCCAGAGCAUCACAGUAUCUGAUAGUUUCAUUCCAUCUUAGGAAUUAAAAAAUGAAGUUAGCACUAGUCUUAGGUCUCAUGCUCAGCUGGACUAUUAUAGCAUCAACGGAAAGCGUUUACGAAGCGCUUAAAGGCGAUCACAGACUUUCUAAGUUUCUUGACCUCGUGAACCAGGACGAGGUGAUUCAGCUGUUCCUCAGGAAGCGGAAGGUUACGGUCUUUGCUCCCACCAAUGAGGCAUUUGACAAGUUUCGCCAGUUUACAGCAGAAGAGGAAAGUAGACUGGCUACCUUUUAUGUAGUUAAUUUUGUUGUCACAAAAGAUAUUUUUCCUGAUGUUAUCAACUCCAACAACCAGCAGAAUGCCCCUUUGUAUCUCACUACUUCAGAUUCUGACGACAAAGAAGAGAAGGAGUAUUUUGUCAAUAACGCUAAGAUAAUUGAGGAACGGGAGUACAACAUAAAAGACGGAAACCAAAAGCUACUAAUUAUCGACGAAGUCUUGGAACCUUAUAGAUCCAACACCAACUUACCACCUGACGCCUGGGAAUUCCUCAUCCAGCCACGUAAAUACAACCUACAAGAAAACUUAGGAGCUUUUGCAUCACGCGUUCGAUCGGAAGAUGUGAUCGAAUUGUUUACUCGUGUUGGAAAUCAUACUUUUUUUCUGCCUGUAGGAGAAGGAAAUGAUAUUGACAGCAAAGUUAUUAAGGGACAUAUCAUCCCCAAAAUAGUGCUAUUCACCCGAACUAUGGGGAUGAAACCAUAUCGAACAGAUGCUUAUGAUCCCACGCAACUGAAAGUCGAAUUAUCAUUGGUUAACCAAACAAACAGUCAAGGAAAUGGUUAUACGUUGUUUGCCCAGAGCAAUACUCUUCAAAGUGACCAUCGACAUCGCAAAGGUGUGGUUCUCUCCAAGAUAAUUCGCUCUAAUAUUCCUGUCAAAAAUGGCGUUAUACAUCUUAUCGAAGCACCUCUUAUGUUUAUCAACAUCACCAUCCUGGAAUUUCUUCAACGAGAAGCGGACGGGAGAUUAUAUGAAUUCAACCAGCUGGUAAAACACGUCUCAGAGUUCCGAAAUGAAAUGAGCACUCCCCAAGAAAAAACCGUGUUUGUCCCAACAAAUGAAGCCAUUCGGCGAAUAGACAAAUUGAACGACCUGAAAGGGAACAUCACAGCUAUUACAAAUUUGGUACGAUUACACAUGGUGAUGCGAUCUGUGUCGACUGACGACGUAAGAAAUGGACGAAUCAGAAAACACCUGGCGGCAGAUAAUCGUCACAGUCUAUAUUUCCGUGUGGUCGGGGAGGAUAGAAACAGAACCCUGACGGUAGAUGGGGGAGGCGUCAAUGCCACUGCUGUUCAAGCUGAUAUUGGAGCAACGAAUGGCAUCGUCCACAUCAUAAAUCGAGUAUUAGGAAUGCCAUUCCAGACAGUUAAUGAAAAGCUGAAUACAGAUCCAGAACUGAGAGAGUCAUAUCAGCUGAGCUUGGUAGAUGGCUGGAACAAUAAGUUAAAGGACAGGAGGAAUAACUUCACGUUUUUCGUGCCCAGUGAAACGGCAUGGGAACGAUUGAAGGCAGAAUACCCCACGGAACACAAACAGAUUCACAUGGAGAUGUACAGUAACCAAGUCAAGAAGAUAUUGGAUCGGCAUCUGGUUGUAGGAGAGGAACUGUCUUCUCAAGAUCUGGGACGACAUGGACAGGUUAACACAAUUUACGGUGUCUUUAAGAUUGAAAGUGGAUAUGGCUAUGGAGAACUGUCUGUGGAAUGGGAAAAUCUCAGGGCUACUAUUGUUCGCCCAGAUAUUCAAGCCACUAAUGGAUUCAUUCACGUCAUUGAUCGUGUCAUGAUGAAGCCUCGCGACUUAUCGAGAACAGGGGGUAGUGCAACAGUCUCGGUAUCAGGAGCUACGGUUUUAGUCAGCUUGGCGCUUUUGCGUAGAAUGUAACUUUCCCCUUCCUUGGAUUCCCAUCCCUCCCAAAUGAAACGAUAAAGUUUGCGCAGGCUGGCUGUAAUAUGCGUCUGUUUUCCAUGGACGUGAGGAACUUUGGAAAUGUAUGUUCUGUGGUAUUAUUAAGAACUUAGUGGAACUACCCCGAAACCAUAUAAAAUGAUAUCUGAUAAAAUUGGUAUACUGCGAACAUGGAAGAGAGGGAGAAAGAUAU